AUGGCUGGGACGUGCUCUCGGGAGUCCGAGGCCCCCGACGUCGACACCAACGCCAUCCCCGAGGCAUAUCGGGACUUAGCCGAGGUCUUCUGUAAGAAGAAAGCCACCCACCUUCCUCCACGUCGCCCGUACGACCUCGCCAUUGACCUCCAACCUGGCACGAUUCCACCCCGCGGCCAUCUCUACUCGCUGACACCCACAGAGACGCAGGCGAUGGAGGAGUAUGUCACCAACGCUAUUCGCCAAGUUGUCCUCCCACCUUCCAAGAUAAUUGCUCCACUUAAAUUGGACUUGGAAACGAGAGUUCGCCAGGCGCAGACCACAGAGACCGAACCGGCAGGACGACUCUACGUGCCCGGGACCAUGAGAUCUGAGGUUUUACAAUGGGGUCACUCAUCUCCCAUAUCAGGACACCCAGGCACGACACGGACCCGUCUCUUCAUCGAACGAGACUUCUGGUGGCCAUCUCUCGCGAAGGACGUCAAAAAGGUUGUUCAGGCGUGCCCAGUGUGCGCCAGGGCAAAAGAUCCAAAUCAACCCACAUCGGGAGACCUUCAACCGCUUCCGGUUCCCCGGAGGCCCAGGACGCACAUUGCCGUCGACUUUGUCGUGGGCCUGCCGGUCUCCGAAGGAAAAGACGUCAUAAUGACCAUCGUCGAUCGGUUCUCUAAGGCUGUGCACCUGGUGGCUCUCGCUGGACUCCCUAAACUCAAGAGAAAGAGAUCAGACUCACCAGAACCCAGCUGUGUCUCCAUGAAGAGUGAUCAGUCUAUAAAUGUUCCUAGAAACUUUAAACGUGGAGUCUCCUCAUCUGUACACAGACACAACCAAGAAUCUGCUGCUGUAAAUAAAUUCCAGAAAAAGUUCAGAUUAAAUCUGAUGAAGAAGUUUGAGUGUGUAAAUGGAGUGAUAAUAAAUCAGAAAAACCGAACGCUCCUGAAUGAGAUCUACACAGAGCUCUACAUCACAGAGGGAGAUAGUGGAGACAUAAAUAAAGAACAUGAGGUGAGACAGAUUGAGGCAGCAUCCAGGAGAACAACAUCAGAGGAAACACCAAUCAAAUGCAAUGACAUCUUUAAGCCAUUAACUGAUCAAGACAAACCCAUCACAACUGUGCUGACAAAGGGAGUCGCUGGCAUCGGAAAAACAGUCUCUGUGCAGAAGUUCAUUCUGGACUGGGCUGAAGGGAAAACAAAUCAGGACGUCCCCCUCAUAUUUCCACUUCCUUUCAGAGAGCUGAAUCUGCUGAAGGACCAGAAACUAAGUCUGAUGGAGCUCCUUCAUGUUUGUUUUAAGGAAACAAAAGAAACAGAAAUCUUCAGUUUGGAAAAGGUUCUGUUCAUUUUUGAUGGAUUGGAUGAGUGUCGUUUUUCUCUGGAUUUCCAGAACACAGUGAGAGUUUGUGAUGUAACUGAAUCAGCAUCAGUGCCUGUGCUGCUGAUAAACCUGAUUAAAGGGAAUCUGCUUCCCUCUGCUCUCAUCUGGAUCACCUCCCGACCAGCAGCAGCUGAUCAAAUCCCCUCUAAGUGUGUCAAUCGAGUCACAGAGGUACGAGGGUUCAAUGACCCACAGAAGGAGGAGUACUUCAGGAAGAGGAUCAGUGAUCAGAGCCUGGCCAAUAACAUCAUCACACACCUGAAGUCAUUAAGAAGCCUGUACAUCAUGUGUCACAUCCCAGUCUUCUGCUGGAUUUCAGCCGCUGUUCUGGAGAGAAUGUUGGGUGAAGCAGAGAGUGGAGAGAUCCCCAAGACUCUGACUGAAAUGUACACACACUUCCUCAUCAUUCAGAUAACCAUCAUAAGAGAAAAGUACUCAGAGAAGCAGGAGAGUGAUGAAGAAAUGCUUUUCAAACUGGGACGACUGGCUUUUCAGCAGCUGGAGAAACACAACCUGAUCUUCUAUGAUGAAGACCUGAGAGAGUGUGGCAUUGAUGUGAGAGAAGCAGCAGUGUACUCAGGUGUGUGUACGCAGAUCUUCAGACAGGAGUUUGGGCUUCACCAGAGUAAAGUGUACUGCUUUGUUCAUCUGAGUAUUCAGGAGCAUCUCGCAGCUCUGUAUGUGCACCUGAUGUUCAUGAGGAAAAAGAGAAAUGUUCUUGAAAAGAGAUUGUACUUUAAACCAGAGAUUUUAUCCAAGCUACAGAUGUUCACUAAACCACAGAUGUUUUUCCAACCAGAGAUGUCCUUUCAAAAAUCUUCUAUAAACCAUCAGUCUUCAAAGCUGCAGUUAACAAAAAUUAUAAACUCAGAUGACCACAGGAGUGCUGUAGAUCAGGCCUUAAACAGUGAGACUGGACAUCUGGAUCUUUUCCUCCGCUUUCUUCUGGGUCUCUCACUGGAGUCUAAUCAGAAACUCUUACUAGAAUUGGUAACACAGACAGGAAGUAACUCCCAGAGCAAAGAGAAAACAGUUCAGUACAUUAAAAAGAAGAUCAGUAAAGAUCUUCCUAUAGAGAAAUGCAUCAAUCUGUUCCACUGUCUGAAUGAACUGGGUGAUGAUUCUCUAUUGGGCGAAAUCCAACACUACCUGAAAUCUGGAAAACAAAGUGAACUCUCCCCUUCACAGUGGUCUGCUCUGGUGUUUGUGUUACUGACAUCAGCAGAGGAUCUGGAGGAAUUUGACCUGAAUAAAUAUAUCAGUCCAGAGAAGAUAACAGAAACUGUUCUUGUGAGGGUGAUGCCUGUGAUUGCAGCAUCCAGAAAAGCAAUUAUCAGGUGUGAUAAAAUUAAAGGGAGAAGUGGUGAAGCUCUGGUCUCAGUGCUCAACUCAGAAACCUUCGAUCUGAGAGAACUGCAUCUGACUGUGAAGACACUGGACCUCUCUCGGUAUAAACUAACAGACUCAGGAGUGAAGCGUCUCUCUGCUGUACUGGAGAAUCCUCACUGUAAAGUGGAGACACUGAGGUUGUAUGAGUGUGGUGUCUCAGAUGAAGGCUGUGCUGCUCUGACUUCAGCUCUGAGAUCAAACCCCUCACACCUGAGAGAACUGGAUCUGUCCUAUAAUAAUAAUCUAGGAGACUCAGGAGUGAAGUGUGUCUCUGCUGUACUGGAGAAUCCUGACUGUAAACUGGAGACACUGAGGUUGGUGUGUUGUGAUGUCUCAAAUAAAGGCUGUGCUGUUCUGACUUCAGCUCUGAGAUCAAACCCCUCACACCUGAGAGAACUGGAUCUGUCUGAUAAUAAUAAUCUAGGAGACUCAGGAGUGAAGUGUGUCUCUGCUGUACUGGAGAAUCCUGACUGUAAACUGGAGUCACUGAGGUUGGAGUCGUGUGGUGUCUCAAAUAAAGGCUGUGCUGCUCUGACUUCAGCUCUGAGAUCAAACCCCUCACACCUGAGAGAACUGGAUCUGUCUGAUAAUAAUAAUCUAGGAGACUCAGGAGUGAAGUGUGUCUCUGCUGUACUGGAGAAUCCUGACUGUAAACUGGAGACACUGAGGUUGUAUGAGUGUGGUGUGUCAAAUAAAGGCUGUGCUGCUCUCGCUUCAGCUCUGAGAUCAAACCCCUCACACCUAAUAGAACUGGAUCUGUCCUGUAAUAAUAAAAUAGGAAACUCAGGAGUGAAGUGUGUCUCUGCCCUUAAGGACGAUGAACAUUACAAACUACAGACACUGACGUGAGUAAUGAUCUCUUUAUAUAAACACUGAAACAUUAACAGACUGAUUAGCAUUAUUUUGUACAUUAGCAUUAGCUUGUGCAUUUCUCUUCAGUUCCAGUAAAUAUCAGAUUACAGACUUAAAAUUUCACUUUAUUCUUUUUAAUCAGACUUUUUCUAACAAUUAUCUUUAAUGCUGUUUGGUGUUGAUUUAAACUUCAUGUGAAAGCAGAAGACAGGGAGUCAGACGGAGUUUACAAAACAUCCAUACAGAUGAUCUCAGCUUUUCCCUGUUUCUGAUAAGCAGCAGACUUUCUCCUCAACUCUCAUAAAAACUCAUGAAAAUCAUCAUCUUUAAUGCCACAAAUAUUAGAUUUAAUCAGCUACUUUACUCACUUUGACACUCCUUCCAGCUCUCCACCUCCUCACCGUGUCUUCUGUCAUUCCUGUAAAAUUCACCUCC